AUGAAUGACACACAAUAUCGAACUAAAUUACAUCCUUCAUCAUGUUUUCCACCCAAUUCAUCUGUACCAAAUACUCAAAAUCGUCUUUUUAUACGAGUGGCCCCUGUUGGAACUAGACAAUAUUGCUGUCGUCUUACAUUUGUCGGGAUUAAUUCAACAACUUAUUCAACCGUAGCUGCUCUUCUUGUCUAUGGACACUCAACAUCAAUCGAACGUAUCACACUCUUUGAUAUAUUUGAAAAACAAGAAACACGUACGAUACUCAAUGAUCUUCAGCUGCUUGCUAUAUUCAACAGAACUAAUAUUCGUCUUGAAAUAGUUCAAUCUUAUUUGGAAACAAAAGAUUCGAGCAUCAUCAUCAUCAAUGUGCAACACUAUCAAUUAGAAAAUGAAAGUCUAGCAGCAUGGAUGCAAAAUAAUGCGUCACUCAUUCAAAACAUUGUUUCACAAGUGUGUAUUCAUUCGCCUCAUGCUACAUUGCUGAUUUGUACACAACCCAAUGAAUUGAUGACAUAUGUAGCAUCACGUGUUAGUAAAUUUCGUGCCGAACGUAUAAUUGGACUUGGUGCAAGUAUUACUACUGCUUACGUCCAUAGAACUAUUCUUAACAAUAUUGAAAAAGUACACGGUCAUGUAAAUGGUUUCUUUGUAAUCGGCAGUGGGCCAAUUGAUGAUUCUGUUGCGAAAUUAGUCAUGAAUAGUGUGACUGUUGAUGGAAUUCCUUGUUCAGAUAUUCAUUCGAAAUUAAAAGGAAAUCAUAUAACAAACACGACUAACGAAAAUCCGGUCAUAUUAAAAAAAGAAAAUAAUAAAGACUGGAGUAUAGAAAAACUUCUGGAAAACAAAGAAAAUGUUUAUUCAAAUGUUCGUCGUCGAUUACCAAUUGUUACAGAUAUGAUUUCGCGACAAAAAAUUGCUAUGAAAUAUCUUUUGUAUGAUUCUCCUAUUUCACAUUCGAAAUCGAAACUACAAGAAUCACUGAAUAUUUCAUUCAGUACAAAACUGCGUUCAAAUUGGACUGAAGCAAUGACAAUAGUUCGUAUCAUUCGUGCACUUAUCAAUGGCAAAGAAUUUCAAUCGAAUUUAAUCGUAAAUAUUGCACCAAUAUAUAGUUCAACAGAUGUUUUUAUUAAUUAUCCAACAAUUAUCGGGUCAAGUAAUCGUUCCAUUGAAUACAUGCUUCCAUUUCAUCUAGCUCAAAGUAUCCUCAAAGAAAAAUUAUUUCUUAUCCCGUAUGAAAAAUUACAAAGAAAACUACGUGUUUAA